AUGACCAUCGAAGUCAACCCUGUUCCACCUCAAGCCGACGGCGUCGAGGCCAACGGAACCAACGCCAGCCAAACAGUUCCGGCCACUGGACCCACCACGCAUCCCAACGGCCUACCCGUCUCGCACGUAUUCGACGUCGACCCGCACACAGGUUUCAUGGCUCCUCAACCUCCUAUCCCGCGCCUCCCCGAGCAAUGGGAGCAAUGGGAGGCCAUGCUCGACGCAGCGACCGACAGCAAACUCCAAUGUGGCGACAAAGUCGGACUGACGGAAGUGGAGGCUCAAGCAUCCGAGUCUUGGCGGGCCCAAAUUCGAACGAUGCCUAUCUUGCCUUUGUCGCCUGAGGUGCUGGCGUCACCAGUGUUGCUCCGGAGGGCCCAUUUGGUGCUUUCGUUCCUGUUGCAUUUCUAUGUGCAGACGCUGCCCCCCCAUGAUCCUGUCGUCGUUCCUCGCUCCAUCGCCCUCCCCAUCCUCCGCGUUUCCAAAGCGCUCGACAUCCCGUCCCUCCUCACCUUUUCCGACACGGUUCUGUACAACUGGGACUACAAGCAGACGCCGCCGAAAGGGGAGGAUGGAGGAGCAGCGGAGCCAGCGACUCAGCUCGACAACAUUCGGUCUCAGACGAUGUUCACCGGCUUGGUGGACGAGGAAGAGUUCUACAUGUGUUCGGCGAGGAUCGAGUUGAGGGGUGUGGAGGCGCUCGAGUUGAUGCGGCAGACGAUGGACGAGAUGUUCGUGGGCGACACUAUCGCCGUUCGACGUAUCUCCGACUACCUCAAGUCCAUGGCCAACGUCAUCAACGAACUCAAGACCCUCCUCCUCGACGUGCGCAAGCAGUGCGAUCCCGAAGUGUACUAUAACCAAGUACGACCCUGGUUCCGCGGCGAGGACUCGGAUAUCAGGAAGAGGAAGUGGGUGUACGAAGGCGUCGACGAAGAUCCGGAGCUCUCCCACCCGCUCGAACUGUCCGGUCCAAGCGCAGGCCAAAGCUCCCUCGUCCACGUCCUCGACGUCUUCCUCGGUGUCGACCACCAAUCCAAAUCCCCCGACAAACCCUCUUUCAUGUCGCGCAUGCUCACCUACAUGCCGCGCAACCACCGCCUCUUCCUCAAGCACCUCUCCGCCAACCCGCGGCCUCUACGCGAGUUUGUCGUUUCGGCGGGCGACGAGGAGUUGUUGGAGACGUACAACAAGACGGUGUUGGCGUUGAAGGAGUUUAGGGAUGCGCAUAUGAUUAUUGCGACGUUGUAUAUUGUGGGGCCGGCGAGGAGGGCGGCGAGGGCUGCGCAGGAGGCGUUGUUGGGUGGGAGGGAGUUGCCGGAUUUUGGGGAGCCUUUGAAAGGCACUGGAGGGACUGAUCUCGUUAAAUUCUUGAAGGAUACGAGGAAUAGGACUGGUGCCGCUAUGAUUUCCGACCAUUGA